GCAGACACGUGAAGACUCGACUGUCACCGCCCGCAACAAGAUUGAGGUUAAGUAAAAAUAGAAAUAACUGAAAACUCAACUGACUCUCCACUGCUUAAAUCACGUUUUUUAUUAAAAAUUUGACAAAAUAGAAAACAGCCUUUAAAAUGGUCGAACAACAGAGGCAACGGAUAGAACAAGAGAUGACAAAGAUGAUUAACGAGCUAGACCUACAAUACUUACGUAAAAUGCAGGCAGACAUGCACAGAUGUGCCGCAACCUGUUGCGACAAUCAGGAUACCUCCCUGGAGAGAGUGCAAAAGUGUGUGGAAUCCUGUUCGACAUCAUUGACCUGGGCACAAAACUAUGUUCAAAAAGAAUUAGAAGGGCUCCAAAAUAAACUUCAGAGGUGCGUUAUGGAUUGCAAUGAUGAAGUUAGAGUAAAAAUGGGACCUAAUCCUACAGAUUCAGAUGUUGACAAAUUUACAAAAAUAUUUGAAGACUGUGCCACAAAAUGUGUUGAUAAGCAAUUAGGAUAUAUGCCCAGCUUAUUUAAUAGGAUGAAGACAGAGCUUUCUAAAGGAAACAGUAAAUAGAGAGGGAUGAAUAUAGAGUGUCAAAACUGCCACAUAGCAAGUGAAUAUCAACUACAGGUAUUAUGGGUGCUUGAAAUUCAACUGUUAUUGUAUAAUUAUUUACAAAAUGAAGCUAGCAUCUAUAUAUAAAUAUACUUGUAGAAAAGCUAUGUAAAUUAAUUAAAGCUACAUAUUAUAUUGAUAAUUGUGAUAGUACAAAACUAGUGUAAUUCAUAAAUCUUAUGAGGCAUUUUUUAUUGUGUGUGCCAGAGAGGUUGUUAUGAAUGGAUUUUAUUUUGAAAUAAAAAAGUUUGUCAUUUUUUA